AGUGAAAAUUGAUAAGAAAACCUAAGAAAAUAAAAAUGUAGACAAAAGUACAAACAACAUAUGUGUAUGUGAAUGAGGAACCCAGCUCUCUUUCUUUCUUUCUGCUCUGUUCCCUGCGCAUCGAAGCUCCAUCCUCCAGUCCAGCAGGUGGCGGUAGUUAAGUGUCUUUCCUCACUGCUAAUAACAACACAAUCCAUCGAAGAAGAAGAAGAACCAGCACGAGAUCUUCAGUCCUCUGAUCUUGUUCUGUUGUUUGAUCUGGUCCUCCACAUAGCAAUGAGCUGUGAUGUAAAGAUGGAGUUUAUUAAAGAGGAGAAUGAUGAUGAUACAUGCCAUCAGUGUGGAAAGAGCUUGUCAUGUAAAGCAAGUCUCAAAGAACACAUGAGAAUUCACACCGGAGAGAAACCGUUCACAUGCCCUCAGUGUGGAAAGAGUUUCUUACGUAAAGGAGGCUUUAAGAUUCACAUAAGGAUUCACACCGGAGAGAAGCCGUUUGUGUGUCAACACUGUGGAAAGAGCUUUAUAAGUCAAGGAACGCUUGGCACUCACUUAAGGUCUCACAGUAAUGAGAAACCGUUCAAGUGUCCUCAGUGUGAAAAGAGUUUCAGACGUAAAGACCUCUUCAGUCGUCACAUGAGAGUUCACAGUGGAGAAAAGCCUCACAUAACAUAUUUACAUAUUCAUCUAAAUGCCGCGCCAGCACGGAAGGCUCCGGAUGUUUAA